AUGAGAUUCGAAUUUCUCUUCAAAAUUUUUGUAUAUGCCGCCCUUAUAAUAAUUGCAAAUCCAAAUAGGUACGCAGACCAGCUCUACGAAGAUUUAUUAUACUAUUAUAAUAAAAAUGUGCGUCCGGUGAAAAAUGCUAGUGAAAGUGCAAAAGUCAAGUUUGGCUCCUCGCUUAUUCGUCUAAUCGAUGUGGACGAAGUGAAUCAAGUGUUAACUACAAAUCUCUGGCUAGAGAUGCAAUGGUUCGAUUAUCGCUUAAUGUGGGAUCCGAAUCGUUGGGGAAAAAUUCGAAAACUUCAUAUUCCGGUUGAUCAAAUCUGGAUUCCUGACAUUUUACUUUAUAACAACGCUGACGGCGAACCUCAUAUAACAAUAAUGAGCGACGCUUUAGUUUACUACAAUGGCUUAGUGGUCUGGAAACCGCCUUCAAUUUACAAAAGCUUUUGCUCCAUCAAUAUCGAAUACUUUCCAUAUGACACACAAACUUGUUAUAUGAAAUUUGGUGGUUGGACUUAUAAUGGAUUCCUGUUAGAUGUUCGACAAUUACCGACUCCGGGAAGUGUUAUUGAAAACAAAAUCGAUGACGAAGGUUCCGAAUUCCAGUAUCUCGAAAGAGGAAUGGAUCUUAGUGGCUACUAUCGAAGUCUUGAAUGGGAUUUAAUGGUUCUGAGUUCGGCAAGGCAUGAGAAAAUCUAUGCCGGUUGUUGUGGCCAAGAUUUCUAUAUCGAUAUAACAUUUACCAUCGAAAUUCGGCGCAAAACUUUAUUUUAUACUGUUAAUCUUGUUAUUCCUUGUAUGAUGUUUGCAAUUUUAACAUCGAUUGUUUUCUACGUUCCACCGAUUGAGCACAAAAUGACAUUUUCGAUUUCCAUUCUUGUUACGCUUACUGUUUUCUAUUUAAUUUUAAUUGAUCUCGUACCACCAACAUCUCUAGUCAUUCCAUUAAUAGGAAAAUACCUCCUGUUCACCAUGUUUUUAGUAUCUAUAUCAAUUAUGCUUUCAGUUGUUUCUUUGAACUUUUACAGAAGAGACGGAUCCUCAUUUCCAAUGCCGCAUUGGAUGCGACUUGUAUUUAUUACUACAUUACCAAAAUAUCUUUGGAUCAAAAAAGCUGACGAAGACGAAGGAAGCGAUGUUGGGAGCACUAUUUCAGAUAUAGGAACAUUUAUGGACUCUCGAAGACCUAGCCCAUUUUUCCUAACUGUUCCAAAUACUGCUGCAGUUAAUGUUCGCCACUUAGCUAUGCUUAAAAAGAAAGGAAUGAAUCCGGAUCUCAUUCGCAAUAUGAUACAAAAUGUUGCCUUCAUUGGAGAAUAUUUUAGAGCCUUGAAAAGAGAAGACAAGAUUUCCGAGGAUUGGUCCUAUGUCGCAAACGUAAUUGACAGAAUAUUUUUAAUAGUUUUCACAAUUUUAAAUAUUGGCGGAACGUGGGCUAUUGUCUACAACUCGCCAGCAAUGUUUGACACGAGGGAACCUUUAGCUAUCGGAACAGUUGCGCGUCCACUUUCAGGAGAUACAUUCGAAAAUUUUAUCAAUGAAAAUUUCACGCAGGAACUUUGGUGGUCAAAUAACGCAAUUUUAUUUUGA